CUGUUUGAUUUUGCAGACAAGAACAGAGGUUCUUAUUCCGGUUCUUGCCCAUUCUAUUGCUCGUACUCGGGUUACCAGGAUGAACUGCUAUGGGCGGCUUCUUGGUUGUACAAGGCAAGUGGAGAAAGCAAGUAUCUGACCUACAUCAUAGGUAACCAAGGAUCGAGCCAGGCAGUGUCUGAAUUCAGCUGGGAUAACAAAUUUGUUGGGGCUCAGACAUUACUAACCGAGGAAUUCUACGGUGGAAAGAAAGAACUGACCAAGAUUAAGAGUGACGCUGAGUCAUUUAUAUGCUCUGUGAUGCCAGGAAGUAGCUCUCGACAGAUUAAAACAACUCCUGGUGGUCUUCUGUUUACUAGAGAUAGUAGCAAUUUGCAAUAUACCACGAGCUCGACCAUGGUGCUGUUCAUUUUUUCUAGAAUCUUAAACAGAAAUCACAUCAACGGAAUCAAUUGUGGCUCCGCGCAUUUCACACCGUCUCAAAUUAGAGCCUUUGCGAAAACACAGGUGGACUACAUAUUAGGAAGCAAUCCGAUGAAGAUGUCGUAUAUGGUGGGAUUUGGCAGCAAAUACCCAAAGCAAUUACAUCACAGAGCCUCGUCCAUACCUUCAAUCAAAGUUCAUCCGGCGAAGGUGGGUUGCAAUGGUGGUCUAUCAGAUUAUUACAAUUCUCCUAAUCCAAAUCCCAAUACUCAUGUGGGUGCCAUUGUUGGAGGCCCCGAUUCAAAUGACCAUUUCAAUGAUGCAAGAUCUGACUAUUCCCACACCGAGCCUACCACGUACAUGAAUGCUGCUUUCGUCGCUUCAGUGUCUGCUUUGCUUGCCAAUACCUAAACUCCAAAUUCAAGAUUCAUAGAAAUUUAUACAUUUAAAUAAUUGCAAAGGUAUUUUAGAUUCAAAUCACCCUAUCAUUGUACUAUUGUCAUUCCCUAACAAAAUAAAUGGAAAUUACACUUUUA